AAGCUGUGGGGAAUUUUACCACAUGAUGUGGGGAAAACAGUUUUUUUAGUUGGCAACACUGCUACUUGGGUUGUCAAAUUUGCAAAAACUCUAAAACACGUGUUGUUUACGUUUUUAAAAUGGAUGUCUUGUCGCGACCGGCCGAAGAAUUUGGAAAUGAUCAAUCUUUGGAAGUUAUGUGGGCAAUGAAGGCCUAUGAUCAUGCCCACAUUUACUUUAACAUUCUUUGUUCAGCUGACCCAAAACUCCUAAAACUCACCCCCAUAGAUGACAUAAUUUACAAAAUAUUUCGUGAAGAAUUCCCCACAUUAGAUUUACAUGUCAUAAACGAAAACGAAUUAAAAAGCACCAAAGAAAAAGCUAAAUGGAGACCGUUUUGCGAACGCUUUAAAACUUUGGUGGAAGACUAUAGUUUUGGCACAUUGGUAAGAGGUGAUGCAUCUGACGACUAUAAAGAGGAAAACACAAUAUUGGUCACUCGAAUACAGUUUUUAGCGAUUGAAAUCGCCAGAAACAAGGAAGGCGUCAAUGAUAUUUUAAGAAAAAAGUUUUAUCCCAUUGAAGACAAAGAGGACAGCUAA